AUGGCGCAUUGGCUGCCCCCCGCCGACGAGGGCCGCGUCCCCGGCUACAGCGGAUAUGUGCCCGGGAUGAAGAACCACCUGAUUGGAAAACGCUACGCGGAGGCGUCGCGACGGGCGGCGGAAGCGAGCGACGUGCUUAAGGAGGGGCGGAACCCGGGGGGCAUGACUACGUUGGUCGACAAUCGGCCCCAAGGUCGCGACUUUCUCUACGCCCAAGAGCAACAACCGCUUAGUCCGGGCAGCAUCGGGGGCCCAAUUCUGAAGAGCGUCCCGUCGGCUUCGCUCCCGGAGAUGAGCUACCGAGAACGGCCCCUGCAGACUCGGAAGCAGGCGUUCGAGGAUUUGCCGACGGAGGUCACCGAGGGGAAGAACAAGGUCCCUGGUUACACGGGCCAUCAGCACGGCGCCCAGCACAUCUAUGGCACCAGCUAUGGCCACGUCACCCGCAAGCUGACCGAGGCGGGGGAACACGCCGAGCCAAAACUGGCGACGGUCAGCCUCCGCGCCAUGGAGUAUGCUGACGACAGGCCGACCGGGGUGAAGUCACUCGACGAGUCCAAAGUACCCGGUUACCUGGGGUACGUACCGGCCAAGAACCACGUGUACGCCAAGACGUACGGAAAGGCGACCGCGCUCGCGCACAAGGCGGAGGGCGUCAUGCGGGAGGGGGGCAACGCCAGCACCAUGGCGGAGCUCGUGGACGCGCGGCCGCAGGGCCGUGUCGACAUGUACGCUCAAGCGCAGCCAAACGCAGGCGAGCCGCAGCCGUUGAUCCUCGCGCAGAAGGGGGAUCACUCCAGGGACCAGUUCGUUCACACCAAAGACUACAAAGUCCGCGAGCCCAUCACGGCCGACAUCGCGGAGGUAAUGGAGGGCAGGCACCACGUGUCGGGCUAUACCGGGCACGUGCACGGGAAGCAGCACAUCUAUGCGGAGUCGUACGGGAAGGCCACGCGUCAGCUGAACGCGCAGCUCGACAAGACGACGACCCCGCUGGACGUGCUCAACUACGCGGACGACCGGCCGCAGACGCGGCGCUUCGACACGGCGACCGGACAUUCUCCCUGGGCUCCCAAAGCCUCACUUCGAUCGCCCGGUGAUAGGCCGGAAAGUGGCCGGAAUAUCAUCCCCCGGUCGAUAUGA